AUGGAUUCAUCAAGAAGUGAGAUUCCUGUAACAAGGAAGAAAAUUUGGUACGCACCAAAUAAGUUUGAAUCAUAUGGCGAUGAAGAAAUCAAAGCUGUUGAAACCUGCUUAAAACAAGGUUGGCUUGCUCCAGGUCCCAUUACUGAACAUUUUGAGCGUGAACUAGCAAACAUUUUUGGAAAACAGUUUGGUAUAAUGGUUAACUCAGGUUCAUCAGGUAACACAUUAGCAUUGUUAAUUGGUGGUUUAAAACCAGGUGAUGAAGUUGUUACGCCCGCAUGUACCUUUUCUACGACUAUCUCACCCAUUAUUCAACUUGGACUUGUGCCCGUAUUCUGCGAUGUCGAACAGGGUUCGUAUGUGCCACCUGUCGCACAUGUCAUCGAAAAAGUUACCCCACGUACAAAAGCGUUCUUUCUUCCAAACCUCAUCGGGAGCAAGCCAAAUUGGGAAGGAUUAAAAGAAAAAUUAAUUAUCUUGGGUCGAGAAGAUAUUUUACUAAUCGAAGACUCUUGUGAUACAAUCACAAACACUACAAUAACGGAUAUCUCUGUAGCUUCAUUUUACUCCAGUCAUAUCAUUACAGCUGGCGGUGGUGGUGGGAUGGUUAUGUGUAAUGAGAAAAGUCAGCGUGACCUAGCUCUACAGUACCGUGAUUGGGGUAGAAUGGGUACUAACAGCGAAUCUUUCACGGAACGUUUUGGGCACUUUGUUGAUGGUAUCGAAUAUGACUUCAAAUUUUUAUACCCUAUUCUUGGUUAUAAUUUUAAAUCAACUGAGAUGAAUGCUGCGUUUGGCUUGGAACAAUUAAAAAAAUUGCCAUUAUUUCUUGAAAGACGCCGUCGGAAUGUAAAUCGUUUUGUAGAACAACUCAAGGAGCUAGAAUCAUAUGGCCUUGUGUUACCCAAAAAUCAUGACAAAAUAGACUGGCUGGCAUUACCACUAAUGUUUCCAAACCGCAAGGCACUGCUUCAAAAGCUCGAAGAAAAUGGCAUUCAGACGCGAGUUUGUUUUUCUGGCAAUAUCACUCGCCAUCCUGCUUACCGGCAGUACCAUCAAGCUUUCCUGAAUGCAGAUGAAAUUAUGAAGAAUGGUUUCUUGAUCGGCGCCCACCAUGGUAUGAACCAGGAAGAUGUUGACUACGUCUGCGAAAUAAUCAAAACACAUGUUUACUCAGUUGAAACUCCUAGAGAUAUUAAUACCCAAUCUUAACAAUAUCUUCAUGACAUAUCAUCGCAAACCAGAAAUAAUUCCCUUCUCAUGCCGACCUUGAUCCAUCAGUGUUCCUUUGAAAACCACAAUAUACCCCUUAAGAUCUUGCGUAAUUCUAAAUUUCAUAUUUGACUUCAUCCGGAUCGUCAGAAUCGAAUGUUACACCACAGAAGAGUGUGAAUGUGGGUGUGGGUGUGCGGUGUGGCUAUCAGUGUGGGCGUGGGAUAUGGACAGGUCUAGAUUAAGAAAAGUUAAACGCACACCUACACCCACCCACAGUCACAGCCGCCCACGCCCACACCCAUACCCUCAUUAUCUCCUCGAAAAGAUACUUCUUCUAUUCGACUAAUAUUAUCAUCUCCAUCAAUUAUGUAUCUGUUUUUUCUUUUUGAUUCGCUUUUGACAAGUUUAGCAAUCUUAUGACGUUUUAAAUGCCAGAUAUUGUACAAAGAGUGGCGUCUUUGUUCAGUAUGCUCAAUUUAUAAUUUUUUGAUACUUUGAGCCCAAAGAGAAGUUAAAAUUUAGUUUCAGCGCUUGUGUGGGUAUGCAUGGACAUCAGGAUUGUACCCACACCCGGUGCAAAGUCUCACAUCAGCGCUGACCUAGCGCUUUCGAGAGCGGGCGAUACCACUCUCUUGCUAGACAAUUGAAAUAAAAUAGCUAGCAUGUUAUUUGAUAGACCGAGCCGAAGCUUGCAUAAUAAUAUUGCAAUUACAGUGAGAACCGAUCUGUUACUAGUAUUGCGAAUAUCUGAUAAUGAUAUUCGAGAAAUAAGAUUAUUGAAAUGAGCCUUUGAUAAACUUGUUAAAGAUAAAUAUUCAUCUUCACACAUAGAUUGAGGAUUAUCAAAAUCAAAACGCUUCUUUUCUUCAUAUACGAUUUGACAUUUGCUUAACAAAAGCGAAAUGUCAGUUGCAUUCACUAUUCACUAUGUCCCAUGGGUUUAUCACCCGUUGGGGCCAACCACUGAUCGGAUAAUGUUUUUCCAUUGUCUCCGAUCUUGUGCCAGGUGGAACAGGUCCUGUCCACUGCGUCCACUCCAUUCUAUGAUGUCGUCCAGCCAUUCUCUACAUGGACGUCCCCUUUUCGAUUUACCAUUGAGUCUUGAAAACAUGAUAUGUUUUAUCAGUCUAUCAUCGUCCAUUCGACAGAUGUGACCGAACAAACGUAGCUUUCUUUUU